CUGGUAAAUGAUGCAUACUGUAAUGGGGCCUGUGGAUGGAGUUGGGAAAUUCACUCCAGCCACUCACAACUCAUCCAUUUGUUCUCUGCCUGAGAGAGUGAGAGCAGUGCACGUGCACAUCAACAUUAGCUUUGCUGCACCCUUGUCUAUGUGGGUGUGUGAAAUGCAGUGUGUGGGAGGAAGAAGGUAGGUGGGGGAGCGAGUAUGUGAGCCAGAAGUCAGGUACUGCCUCAAACUGUUGAUGGUAAAGUCAGUCAGUCAGCCAACGUGACUAGUGAAGGUAAGCUUGCCUCUGUCACUACGCUUCCUCUGCCAAGCAGUCGCUUUCACUUCUGCACAACACUUUGUAUUAGCCUUAAAUCCUUCCAUCUGUGCUCAGGGCCUCUACACUCUUUCAAUCUGUGUAAUCUAUGUUUUCAACUUGUCCUCCGGAAGUCUUUGUUUGACAGCCACACACCCACCCAGCCAGCUUCUCCUUCCCUCACUCUCCUCCUCUCUGCCUCACCACUUUCAUAGUGCAUCUUCUCUCUCAUUUGCAUUUGUUCCGCUUCCUCGUGACAAGAAACAGUUCAUGUCAAAGAGCUGUGCGAGAAAAUCAGAUUGGAGGGGAACACAUGGUCUGGAUGACAGAACAGAUUGAAAUGAGCAGGUACACUGAGGAUGGACUUUCUAAGCUGGAUAAUUGUUGCUGAUUGAAGUGCAAAGCAAGAAGGUAAUUAGAGACCUGGCACUGGUACAUCACGACAGCAGCAGUGUUACCAUGGAGACUGGCAAGCCAGGAUUGGCGAAUGCUCCGGUGCACAUCAACUCCAUCGCAGCGCAGACAGAGAAAAGGAUGGACAUCCAGGCCCCGCUGACGGCUGUUUACAUCCACACAGUGCCUGCUCUACCAGCGCAGCCUUACCCCCAGCUUCCUGCAGCUUCCCGGGAGCCAGCCACACUCCAUCUGGCCAUGCCGCCGCUUUACUGCAAGGAGACGCUUCCCUUUCUGACACUCCAUAUUGCUGGUGGGCUGCAGUCUCAGCCAGGAUUGACUCUGGCAGCUGCUGCUCCUGCAGCCAGACCCAAGUCGGCAGGAAAGCACAUGUGUCCUCACUGUGGACGGGACUGUAUGAAGCCCAGCGUGCUGGAGAAGCAUCUGCGCUGCCACACCGGGGAGCGGCCUUACCCCUGCACCACUUGUGGCAUUUCUUUCAAGACUCAGAGCAACCUCUACAAACAUAAGCGUACUCAGGCUCAUGCUCGCCUCUCGUCUGAAUCAGAGCAGAGCAGCCUGGGCAGCCUAGACAGCAUGUCCAGCUCCAGAGAGACGUGUACCUCCAGUUUGUCUCUGGAUGAGCGCAGCAAGGAGUCAGGCAGCAUGGAAAGGGAUGCCACACUACCUGCUGCUGAGAUGCCAGCCAGUACUGCAAAAGUCUACUCUGUAAAGACACAAGGUUCUGUCAGUGAACAGAAUGAGUUGACCCCUGCAGGUCAUAAGACAGAACCAAAUGAAAGUGCAAAGGUAACAAUAGAAGGGGAAAAACAGAGGAUGGAAAACAAAAGGCCUCUGCUGACUGCAAGUCGACAUCUUCCCCUUCAGAGACAAGAAGCCACUCUGUUCUCCAAGCAGUGGGAGAGCUCUGUAUCCAGAGGAAAAUCGCAGAGCCAUGAGAGCACCGACUCAGGCUUCAGUGAGAGCAGUGACCACUUCCCAAGCCCCGGCAGCAUUUUACCUGACCACAGUAUGGAUUCCCUCACCGAAUCCACCAAGGAGCUUGAUGAAACCACCAGCACACAUACACCUUCAGAACGAGGCCAUGGUAGACAUGAACCCAAAGACACUGCAAGGGAGCAGGAGCAGAAAACACUGGAGGAGCGAAUAUCUAAGCUGAUUUCGGAGAAUACAGCUGUUGUGGAGGACAAACAGCUGGAGAAUGUAAGGCCGCGGAAGACAGUUCUGUCAAAGCAGGGUAGCAUCGACCUCCCCAUGCCGUACACAUACAAGGACUCCUUUCACUUUGACAUGAGGAUCAGUAAGACUCCGAAUGUUGGGUUACAAAGAAACAGGAAGCCUGGCUUCUACAGCUCUGUGCCCACCCAGGGCUCCUCCACCAUGCAGCAUGCCCCCUUAACUCGCAGCAACUCCCUUCCUUUCAGCGUUACCCUCCUGCAGCCUGAGAGGGGCAGCCCAACCUCCUCCUAUCAGAGGGAUUAUGUAACACUUGUCCGGAGGGGAAGCUCUGGCCAGAUCAAUCCAACAGGUUUCGAGAUCAAACCUGUGAACCAGCAGUCAUCCACCCACCGCCCGCUGGUCCGACAGACAGCCGUAGACUGCAACCACGCAACAGACGGUCUCUUCGUGAAUUCAUCUGUGGAGGAGGCGUGCACCGGCAGUCUCAGCUGCGAUGGGGAUGGCGGUGACAUUUGUGGAGAGCCAAGCAACAGAAAGUUCCGGAGGAAGAAAACACAGAAGUUUGCCUACAACAAGUGGUACAUGUACGGCGGAGGGACAUUUAAGAAGCUCUACAAUGCUGAGAAAGAUGGUGAUGACGGUGUUAUCAAAGGCAGGAAAUGUUCGACAAACCCAGAACAUGAGGUUGUUCAGGGCUUACAAAAAAGGUCAGCAGUUCAUAAGGAGAUAGUGACAACAAUAGACUCAACAAUAAAUUUCACAAGCAGCAGUGCAACAGUGUGCCAUCCAGGUUGCCCUCCUGCCAAACUACCCCUCGUCUCUGCUGUGGAUUUCAAUCUAAAAACUAGCCAGCUUCAUACAUCAUGCAGCUCUCUCAAGACUCCACUGCAGAGAAAUCUGUCUUUGUCAGUACUGCCAUUAGCUUCAAUUGGAUCACUGGUUAGCCACAAAACAGACAGCAGGAGCAGAGCAGAAGCAGGGACAUUGAUUAAGGAAGAAAAACAUACUGACUCCAGCUCGCAGCUCUGUGGAGCCCAUAUUCCCUCCGACAGGAAAAAGCAAAAAACUGAUGACAAAAUAAUUUGCCCUCCGGAGAUGGAACCCGACCCGAACACAUUGAGUCAUCCCCCUCCCUCUGUCACUGGCAAUGAACCUCAGCAGGAUAAAAAUCUCAGUUAUAUCAACCUUCAAAAAAAUCAAAAACAUACUCAGCUCAAAGGAGCUCUCUUCCCGCCAUGCAUAAUCAAUGCAAAUGUUAGCACCUCGACAGCCACUUCCACUCCCUCCUCUGCCAAGACCAGCUUCCUGCCCAAGUACCAGCUCAAGUUACCUAAUGCUGCUGAACCUGAUUCAAAUCCUUCACCACAUGUUGUGGAUAAACCGACAGGAACUGAUGGCCACACUUUCACCUCUUCUCUGUCAUCUUCUCACACUGAGCAAACCUCACCCUCGGUCACAACUUCUGAAAAAAAAAAGGACGAUCCUGUCACCUCACCGUUGAUGCAGAGUUGUGAAAUCAAAAAGACAAAUGCUUUCAGCUCCACACAAGGGCAGCUCCUCUUGCCUUGCACAGCCACAACCCUUAUUCAGGCUGAAACAUCAAGACUCAAUCAAAAUGCGACAUCUAGUCUAACUGUAGUGGACAGGCAAUUUUCAGCAUCCACAAUAACCACAACCUGCCUGCAAGAUUAUCAGGCAGGAUUAUGCAGCACUUCAAUACAACCCUCAAAAUCUGCAGGGGGCUUACCCACACCUGUUGCACCCGUGGUUGUGAACUUCCCUGCCACACCUACCAUAACGACAACAAACAAUCAGAUAUCUGCUGCUGCCAUUACAGCUGUCUCACAAGGUCAAACUAACCCCAACCCUCCUGUGUCUCACACACAACUCUCACCAGCAUCAGACCAGUUGAGCCCUAUGAACAAAGCAUAUGCUAGCUCAAACACCCCAAUCGUACCUUGUCACAUCGUACCAUUUGACCAGAUGCAGCCAGCUGCUCAGAAUGUGUUUCAUGUUCACACAGCAGACCUCCAGAUCUGCCUCCAGAUCAUAUCUGAUGAGCAGCUGGCUCUCAUUGAACCCCAGAUUGAGAGGCAAGCAGGUAGCACUCUCUCACAGAGGUGGGAAGCAGUGGCCCCAGAAGUGAUCCAGAAUAAAGCUCAAAGCUCUGUCACCAUGGAAAGUAGCAAUGAGGGAAGGGACCAUCAACGGCCAGGACAUCAAAAGGAGUUGGACCAAACUGAGUCUUUACUCACACUUAACAUGGAGAGAAUAAAACCUCCACUGUCUGUACAAUUUGGGGAGGCGGCGCCAAAUCUCCACUUGACCAAGCACAGUAAUUCCACUCAGGCUACAGUAUCAGCUGAAUCUAAGCCUCCUGAAGCACUAGGCUUGUCGCGACGCCCACACACACAUGGUCAUGUAAACACGGUCACAGAGACUCAGAGCUCUACGGGCAAUGUUAUGUCAACUGCACUCAAAGGUGUAAAGUCAGGAAGGAGACAAGCUUCAGAUGAGGAACAUGCCCUUUCUCUGAACCGUUGUGCUGAGGAGCAACUUUUGCUGGACAGAAGGGUCAGCCAAGGCGGACUGGUCUCUCAAACACUCUCUGGCCAACACAAGCUCAGCAUGACCUCUCUUUCUCCUAGCACAGUAAAUCAGAAUAGCACGAGAAGUGAAAUACUAGGCAAAGAAAGCCAACACAAACUUAAAAAUCAAGGAGCCUCAUGUAAUGUAGGCACAAUGAAAGCCAAGGGUGAAGCCUCUGCAUACAAAAGCAGCAGGUUAAAAAGUGGAGAAGCCCACCCUCCUCUGAAGGUUGGGCUCGAUCAGGCCUCUGUUGCUGCAUGUGCUGACGAACUCUCUGGGUCAGUUUCUUCAUUUUCAAUCAAUAAAUACAAUGCUUCAAGACAGUUGUGCCCACAAGCAUCCAUCUACUGCAGUAAUUCAGUGGAAUCUAAAUUACCAGAGGCCCUGAAUUCAUUUAAACAUGCAAACAUGGGAUGUGACAGGGUGGGACCUUUGGACAAUUCUGCCCUUUCACAGGAAAUGACUCUAAGUGAAUCACAGGACGUGAUCAGCUCAGCCCACUCAGCAAAACUAGGUCUGUUUACUUCAGCGUCUCCUAACAUCCAGGUGGAAAGACCCAAAGACAUCCCAGCUGUGCUCACAAGCAUUCAGAGCACUACUGCGGGACUUAUGGUCGGAGCCUCCCUUGUGGGAUGUGCAGCCCAGAAGAAGCCACAGAAAGGGGAUACAGACUGGAGGCCAAAGCACAGCCAAGAGGCUGGAGAGACAAACCACCAAUGCAUGGAGGGGCAGGGUGGAGGGGUAGUGGGAGUGGAUAAGAAUGGAGGAAUCAAGACAGACGAGGUGCCAGGACAUCGGUGCAAGGCCGAGUCUAACUGCAGAUACACAUGUUUACAAGAUAUGACAAAGCCAGAGAGAGAAGACAAAAAGGUCCAGGUGGAUUCCUUUAAAACCCCUUGGCUAUCUGAGCAGCAUCUUCAGCAUAUUCCCCAGACAUACUCAGGAAUGUCUGAAUACCCUCCACAGAGCACUCAGCAAGUUCCAAGGAUGUCAAAUAACCUUACUUUACCUGCCAGAAGCAGUCAGACUUGCCUUUUCAAUUCUCCACAGUCCUCAUUGGACAUGAACAACUUCUAUUUCUCACAACAAAACUGGGAAAGCAGCAUCAUCCAUAACCAACAAACACAGAUCUUGUGUGAAUCAAAUUCAAGUCAACAUAUCAAAGCACAGGCCCAAUUAACAGAAGCACAAAAUGUUUUUUCACGAAUUGAGUCCAGCCCUCAAGAAACUCAAACAUUUUCACACCAGGACCAAAAGCAAGAACAAAAGCAGACCAGCAUCACUCUGUCCUUUCAGCAAGGAAAUACUACUGCAGGUAACAACAUCACAGCAGUAAGCUGUUGUACCAAGUUAACAUUAGGAAGUCACAAAAGCCUAAGUCUCCCCCCCGAUGUCAAAACACCAUCCUCCGCAUGCCCCAGCCAAGUUUCUCAUUCUGUUCAAGUCAGUAAAGCUACUGCUGGUUUGACAGGGGACACCGAAGCAUCAAACAACAAUGUGCUGGAUAAUAAUACUGUGCUGCCCUCAAAGCCUUUUACAUACCAAGGACCUGAUGAUUAUCAAGACACCAAGGAUAACGCACCAUAUGACUUCACGAGUCAGAGCAGUACCUCUGGGAGACCUGACAUUACCAACAAAUAUCAAUCUUUUUUCUUGGCUGGCCAGCUUCAUGGCUGCCAGCCAGCCGAGUGUCUGACUAGUGGAGUAAGGCCUGUGCAAAGCUGCCAGGACAACACAGAAGACACCAGCAGUAGUGACGAUGAAGGAAAGCUUAUCAUUGAACUGUAGAUGAACAUGCACAUAUGCUAUUUGGAGUUUUAUUGCUGUUUUUCAGAGGCAGAAAUAAUAUCAAUGGAUGAGUUAAGUUAGUGGACAGAGCCAAAGAACUAAAUGUGUAAACUCAAAAUAAGUCAAAUGAAUAAAAAAUUAACUGUCUGAUAUUUUUCAUUAUGUAUAAUGCAUUAAAAGGUCAAUGGGGAAACCUUGCGAGAAUAGUGUAGGUCGAGUGUGAGCUAAUGCUGCGUUCAUGUCAUAUUGUACCGAGUUUAAUUACAAGCGGCCAAAUAGGAAAAACUGUUCAUGUCAGCCUCCUGGUUGUAAUUCCAAGCCUGACCAUCAGGAAUUUGAGCUAUGAUAUCUCCCACACGGCAAAAAGAACUACAGAAAUCGACAAACUCAUCACAAAACAGCUGCAAAGCCAUUAUCGCUGGCAGUUACAUCCAAAUAAAAUCCAGUAUGUCUAAUGCAGUUGAGUAUGGUAAUUAACGUUUACCUGGUGUGACUACAAAGCUAGCAGUGGGGGUAAUCAUCAGGUAUUAAUGCAGGAAUGGUCCCCAUUUCAUAAAGGUUUCCGUCCUGUACUCAUUGUCUGUUAACUUAUGAUAAUAUAAAUACCAGAAAUGAACUGUCACCAAUUAGGAAUCUCUUGCAAUCACUGGAAAACAGCAUGGCUAUUUUUUUCUGUUAGCAGUGAGUGUGCUUGCUUCACAUUCUUUUUUGCUUGGCUUCAUGAGUGUUGACAGAAAAAUUGUGGCUCCUUCUGUUAUUUAACCACAACCAAUGAGAUUACCUCUGCCCCAAAGAAAUGUUGUAUGACUUCCGUUCUGCUCACACACACUUACACACAUAAUUUGCCAUAAAUGUCUACCUUCCCACACUCACUCUCUCUCUCUCUCUCUCUCUCUCAUAAAUUGCACUCUGUGUCACUCUGUAACCUUCCCAGACAACACCUGUGUGUAUGAAUCAUGUACACGUGCUGCCAAAUACCAAUUAAGUUGAUCCAUGCUGCCAAUCAGAUCACCCGGGUGAGGCAGGCAUUGGCUGGACGGGCAUGACCCUUUUCCCAGUCUGGGUUUUGUAAUGAGUCAGCAGCUGUGGUAAGGUACCGGAGCUCACGGGAACAGGAAAUGAGUGUAUGUGAACAUUUCUGUACAUAACUACACAGUUGUAGCUCACGCUGACUUGCUUGUCAAUCCUCAGCCCAUUAGUGGUCAUACAACUUUUUGGACUUGACAGGUGUAUGUGUGCAGGAGUGCUGAAUGAGCUUUAUCUCCAAUGCAUCUGUUCAGGCCUGUUUGGUUUGACAUUUCAGAUGAGUCUAUAGUGCUGUUUGGAAAAGGGCACAUAAAUGUGCAACAGUUUACUUGGUCAAGUUACAAGCUGAUUUAUUGUUGUGUUGCAAAUAUUAAUAUUUGUUUUGUUUUCAUUUUAAUUUCAAAUUCUUGUUACAGAUUGCAUAUGCAUAUGUGACAAAGAAGAAGAAGAGGCAAAUUAAACUAUACUCAAAACCA